UGGGGCGGGGCUAGCGUGCGGGGAAGUCUAAUUGAGGUGCUUUGUCCCUCUGCGCUCUCCGUCUGAAAACUUGAGCCCAGAGGGUCAUAGGUAUGGCGGCUUUUAGGAUGGGAAAGCUGACCACCAUGCCUUCAGGUCUGAUAUAUGCAUCUGUACGCUUACAUGUGGCCAAAGAAGAGAAAUCCAAAAAACAGCUAAUGAGACCAGACCAGCUCCCCAUAUAUACUGCACCACCUCUCCAAUCUAAAUAUAUUGAAGAACAGCCUGGUUAUUUAGAAAUGGGCUUUGCAUCUAUCCGGAUGACAACUGUUCACUAUAUUAGCUGGUGUAAGAGUGUUUAUGUGUUGGUGAAGAAUGGGAUAAUGGAAACAGUACAAUUUGGAAAAGAUGCAUAUGUCUAUCUGAAGAAUCCUCCUCAAGAUUUUCUUCCCAAAAUGGGAGUGAUUACAGCUUCAGGAUUGGCAGGUUUGAUUUCUGCAAGGAAAGGUUCUAGGUUUAAGAAGAUAACUUAUCCACUAGGACUGGCAACACUAGGAGCAACUGUCUGCUACCCAGCUCAGUCAGUGAUAAUUGCAAAGGUAACUGGCAAAAAGGCAUUUGCUAUAAGCCAUCAAAUUUUUGAAGCACUUAAAUCAUCAUGGACCAAAAGUCAAAAAAAAGAAUCACUCCUUGAACCUAAAGAAAAAUCUAAGGUAGGAAGCACUAAUGAAGUAGAAAUACCUGGAAAAGCAACUCAUGUUCUGAAAUAUUCAGUGCUUUCACCACCAAAACUCACCUCUGAAACAAAGACCAAAUCAGAAUCCACCUCAGGUUCUACACAGUUCAUGCCUGACCCCAAGCUCAUGGACCAUGGGCAGUCUCAUCCAGAAGAUGUAGAUCUGUACAGCACUAGGAGCUAAAAUAGACUAUAGACAGAGACUUCAUAGAGAACUCAAGAUGAAUGAAAAUGCAUCUGGUGGUGAAAAAUCAUGUAUUUGGGUUACUUACACAUAUAGCAUGUCAUCUCCAAAUGUAUAAUUUGACCAAUUACAUAGGUGUUUAAAGUACAAAUAAUGAAAACAGUUGAAAAAGUGACCAAUGAGGAAACAUGGGUAGAAGUACUAGGAUGCAUUUGAUGACUUAUAAGAGAAUUAUUAGAAAGCAGAAUGAAGAUAUGAACAUCAACAUGAGUACAAUAUGAAAAUAUGUAUACAUAUAUGUGUGUACAUCCAUAUGCAUAUUUGUACAUAUGCACAUUUGUAACUGCUCCAAUUUCAAAAUUAAUGUCAGUUAACUAGAAUGGUGGAUGGAAGGAUAUGUUCUCUCUACUUUUUUUCAGUUUGCAUUUGCAAUGCUGGAAUAAAACUUGAUAUUUUGUGGCA